UCCCAGCUCAGACAUACAGGAGUAGUCUUGUAACAGAAUGGCUUGCAACCUCUAGGAUUUCCCCUACAAUUGGCGACUAGGAUCUAACUCUAUACGUAAAAAAGGGAUUCAUAUGAGAUCAUUCCAGGAUGUGGAUUCAUUUAGCCUUCCAUUGACACAGAACUUUCAGAACCCUUAGAAGGUCCAUGCGUGUUCCUUUCAUCUUGAAGAGAGAUAGGAGAAAAAAGCUCUCUCCCUCUCCAGAAUGAGUGUGUGUGCCGACGUCCCCUCAUACCUGCGGCGGUGGCUGCUGACUGCUGUGUUUAUCUUGGCCACUCUGCUACCAGGAACCAGUGGCUGCCCCAAAUCGUGCGCGUGCUACGUUCCCACCGAAGUGCACUGUACCUUCAGAUAUCUGACCGCAAUACCAGGCCAGAUCCAGACGGCUGUGGAAAGAAUUAACCUAGGGUAUAACAGUAUAACCGUAUUGAGGGAGAAUGAUCUGUCUGGGUUGAAACACCUGGAGCUGCUGAUGCUCCACAGCAACACCAUCCACAGCAUCGCUGACAGGGCCUUUCAAGACCUCAAGUCCUUACAGGUCCUGAAGAUGAGCUACAACAGAGUGAAGGAGAUCAACAAGGACAUCUUCCAAGGCCUGGAGGGACUGGUACGACUCCACAUGGACCACAACCGCAUCGAAUUCAUCAACCCGGAGGCGUUCUACGGUCUCACCACGUUACAGCUGGUCCACCUGGAGGGUAACCUGCUCCAGCAGCUCCACCCGGAUACCUUCAUCACGCUGAGGCACAGCCAAGUGUUCAAGGUGUCCUCCGUCAGGAACAUCCACCUGUCUGAUAACCUCCUCGCCAGCUUACCCAAAGACGUCUUCACAGGCUGUUCUCAGCUGGAGAAUGUCUAUCUCCACGGCAACCCCUGGUCCUGCGACUGUCGCAUGGCUUGGUUCCCAGAGUGGGCGGAGAGAAAUGCAGCUGCGCUGAAAUGCAAGCGAGACAGAAAGUUUGCCAGAGGUCAGGCCUGUCCCAUCUGUGAGACCCCCGCUCCCUCUAGAGGCAAAAGCCUAACCCAGCUUCCCCGUGAUGCCUUCACCUGUACCAAGCCCUGGAUCCACCCCCAUCUGAAGCAGAGGAACGUCAGCCUGGACGAGGGGGAUUACACCCCUGUCUCCCCCCGGGACUUCAUCGCUCCCAUUGGAUCUCUGCAGAUGAAUCUGACAGCUCAGUUCCACAAUGACGCUAGCCUUACCUGCACAGUCCAGAGACCAUCAUCCAUGGAGAACCUGACUCUAACCCAGGUGGAGGAGGGGGAGAAGAACGUGACCAUGCUCUCCACCACCAUCUCUACAUGGCUGAUUUGUAAUAUUGACUAUGAGCACAUCCAACAGCUCUGGCGCAUCCUGGCUACGUACAGUGACGUUCCCAUGAGGCUAGAGAGAGGGUUGAUGCUCUCCAGGACCCCAGACAUGAUCUACAAGUACAGCCAGAUCAGACCAAAGGAGGGACAUGAUGAAAUCCACACAGACAUUGAGGCUGAGAUUAAGGCUUCACCCGCGUGGUUGAUGCAAGGAGAGGUCAACUUUCAGCUGGACCGCACUACAACCACAUUCUCCACCUUGCACAUUAAGUACAGGUCAGUGGUCAACCUGCGUGUGGAGAACAAGGUGUCACAGAGGAGGGACCGUUACAGCUGGACCAUCAUCAAACGAGACAACCAGACCCAGACUGAGCACUCUGUCCUCAUAGGUGGGGUGGUGGAGCUCAACUGCAAGACCUUUGGGGAACCAAAACCCUCUGUAGAGUGGAUCUUAUCGGACGGCAGUAAGGUGCGGGCACCCUACUCCAGUGAGGACCGCAGGAUAGUGAUCACCGCUGAUGGGAGGCUGACCCUGAGAGGAACAGACAUCUCAGACACUGGCCUUUACCGCUGCAUCGCCACUAACUACCUGGACGCAGACGUGCUCAGCUUCCGGGUCACCGUGCUGUCUCCCGAUGUGGAGGAGGAGGAGGUCAACGGGGUCAAGCUCUCACGGCCUCUGGGCCAGAGCCUAGUUCUAGACUGUGGGUCCGCAGGCAACCCUGAGGCCUCGGUCCAGUGGAUUCUACCUGACCACACAGUGCUGGAUAAAUCCUAUGGGAACAGGAAGCUCUAUAGGAAUGGGACUCUAGGAAUAAAAGAUCUGACCUCCAGAGACCAGGGAUUUUACAGGUGUCUCAAUGCUAACUACCUGGGGGUGGACCUGUUGACAUCCCAAGUGACAGUCACUGGGGAGGGGUCCAGGAAGGUGACAGUGGUGGAUAGAGAGGGGUCAGGGGCGGAGGCUUUGGUUGAGGUUGACGGGGCCAUAGAGGAGAGGGAGGAUUCCCACAGUGAGGUCUCUUCCUUCAGCCUCUCUAACAGAACUAUCCAGGAGUCCAGGACCAUCACAUCAGACAGGCCCUACCCCAGACUCAGGUCUUCCUCUCAGGGCAGAGGAUCAGCGGGCUCUUGGGGGAGAAGGAGGAGCCCAGCCAGCAGCAGGCGCAUAUGGAGCAACAGGAGGGUAUUUGAUCAAGCCUCCAGGAAAGUAGAUAUCCAGAGAUUUGCAGAGUUCAUGAAGAAGGCCCAAGGUGGUUCAACAACAAAGACAAAGAGUGCGAAAGAAAAAGGAGAUUCAGAUCCUGACAUGUCUGGGGACCCGGAUGCUGGAUCUGGGGAGGGUCUGUCUCAUGAAGACGGACUCAUUGUUUUACCAAGCAGCAUCAUGCCAACCACAGAUUCUCCAGAUGAAAGUACGAUGGGUGUAACUGCAAGCAUAGAGAAUUUAAACAAUCAGAAUAAUGUCAUGGCAACCACCGACAACAGUGAAACCAGUGUCAUGAGAACCAUGGAGAUCCCAGAUGACAGUCGGACUAGUUUCACUGUAACAACAGAAAAUACUGACAGAGUGACAACAGUGACGACAGAUUCAUAUACCCGGUCAGACGCCACACCCAUCGAGGCCACAUUCAACCACAGCAACAACAGCACAGGAAGUAUCAAUGAAACUCAGGGUGAGGCCGUCUUUCAAUACAGCCCCAGAAUUACUGGGUCUAGUGGUGAGUCGUACUCUUUGGAGAGGAACACGACAGUACCUCUGAGACAACCCGUCACGCUCCUCCUCGCCGUCACCAACACCACAGACGAGACACAGAUCCUGUUCUCCAGAGAAACACCUGCAGAACCAGAUACCUCCACCGGGGCGGCGCUAUCGCUCCUCACCGACCACAAUGUCACCCCCAUGAUGGACAGUCCCAGAUCACCCAACAGAGAGCCUGAGAUCCACACAGCCACUGACCCAGACAGCCAGACCACCUUCACUGCAGUCACCACCACAGAGAGAGAGCAGGAUGAGAUCACCUUCCACACCACCCAGAGGAUCAAGUCCCCCCAUCUGCCUGCAGGCUCCACCAUCAUCUCCCGCCAGCAGAUCCAUAUCAUCCCUCCUAUGAAGGGCAGAGGAGGAGGAGGAAGAGGAGGGGGCCGGAGGAGGAACUUCCCUGGCAGGAGGAGGUUCAUCAAGCCCAACCGGAUCACAGACAUCCAGUCCAUCCUGAACAAACUCAAACAGCCUAACAUUGUGAAGAAGCAAGGCAGCAGCACAGUACCCAACACUAUGGAGCUAACCACGGACUGUGACUGUGAUGAAGAUGAGAAGAAGAUAGGUGGUCAGCGGGUCGUCACACCAACAACAUCUCCUAAACCUCCCAACGUCCCUAGCUCCUCUCUAGGAAGAACAGAGAGACCGACCACCACAUACUCAACAGAAUCCCCCACCACCCAGCCCACCUCCACUCACUCUCAGUCCCCCACCACCACCCAGCCCACCUCCACUCACUCUCAGUCCCCCACCACCACCCAGCCCACCUCCACUCACUCUCAGUCCCCUUCCACCACCCAGCCCACUUCCUCUCACUCUCAGUCCAGAGGUGAGGUAUCCAGCAGCUACAUGACCUCCACUAAUGCCCCAGAGUCUGACCCAACACACAACCCUAUGACGAGCACAACAGAUGAACCAACAACCUCCACCAUCACAACCACAAUUGCCUCCAAGAUCGUCCGUGGUAAGAUCAUCUGGGGCAAGCUGUUUGGGAACAGGGACAGGCAGAGGGAAAUAGUCAACAGACAACGUAAACCAGCCAGGCCCUCAACCACCCCAGAGGGCUCAACAAUAGUCCAACCAACCACCACCACAACUACAACCACAAACGCACUUCCCACCCAGCGGUCUCUGGCUGAACCUGUGACCGAGUCACCGUCUAGAGCAGGUAAACACAGAGAGACCCCAGAAAUCUCAUCAGACGAUGACUAUGGAGAUUCAUUGCCUGACUCUGAGGCCUCGUCCUCUGUGUCUGAAUCUGGAGGGUCAGCGGGGUAUCUAUCCCGUAGAUUUGGGGGAAACCGGAGACCAAAUGGCGGGUCAGGGGGGUACCUAUCCCGUAGAUUUGGGGGAAACCGGAGGCCAAAUGGAGGGUUAGGGGGCAGGAGGCCUUUCAGGGGCAGGAGGCCUUUAAAAAAAAACAUAACAACUACGGAAGCGCCCAGCUCCACCAUAGAAUCAACAGAGCCUUCAACCACCAUGGAGACCACCAUGGAGACCACCACAUAUCCCAUAGAAACCACCAUGGAAACCACCAUGGAGACCACCAUGGAGACCACCACAUAUCCCGUAGAAGCCACUAUGGAAACCACCAUGGAGACCACCACAUAUCCCACAGAAACCACAUGGAGAAUACUACAUAUCCCACAGAAACCACCAUGGAGACCACCACAUCUCCCACAGAAACUACCAUGGAGACACAUGGAGACCACCACAUAUCCCACAGAAACCACCAUGGAGACUACCAUGGAGACCACUAUGGAGACCACCACAUAUCCCUUAGAAACCACCAUGGAGACCACCACAUCUCCCACAGAAACUACCAUGGAGACAACCAUGGAGACCACCACAUAUCCCUUAGAAACCACCAUGGAGACCACCAUGGAGACCACCACAUAUCCCACAGAAACUACCAUGGAAACCACCGUGGAGACCACCACAUAUCCCACACAUACCGUCUCCGUCUCCAACCCCCUGUACACGCCGUCCAGAGAAUCAGAUAGGUCUGCAGUGACUGUGUCCACUGACAUGACCUCCGUGGGAGAAACCACCACAGACUCCGACUCAUACGAUAAUGAGAACUGGACAGAUGAGAUGAAGUCCUCCACUAACCGUCCACGAGCCGACACUUCCACCACCAGGCCCAGAAUGACCUCUCCCACAACUUAUCCAACCACCACCUCAAGGCCUUACACUACAUCAUCAACCCGCGUCCAGACUAACAUAGACCCCAUCAGAGUGAACACUAACAUCAGGCUCCCGUCAGGGAGAGACAGCCGUUACCAAAUCACACAGAGACCCAUGAUCAGGAGAACCAGGCCCAAGGUGUCCAGUAACAGGGCCAGCAGUGGCCCAGACAAUACCCUGACCUUUGACACACUGACUAUUCUGGAAGCAGAGCAGGGGCACGCCAAAGCCCCCUAUAGCAGCAAGGACAUAGACGAUGCCAUCUCCAACGCCUAUACCCACAUCACCGGCUAUGAUACGACAACGGCUAACAUUGUGGGCUUUGAGCGGUCCACCAAGGACAUGCUCACCAAGCCCAGGAUCGUGGGAGGCAACGCUGCCAGCUUCACUGUCCUGUCCAACUCAGACGCCUUCCUGCCCUGUGAGGCCGCGGGCAGCCCUGAACCCACCGUCAGCUGGAAACGCUUCUCUUCAAGCACUGGAACCACAAUGACCAUCAACGGCAAAAUGAGCAAGUUUGAAGUGUUCCCGAACGGCACUCUAUCCAUCCAGAACGUAAACAUCAAAGACCGUGGUCAAUACCUCUGCCUGGCUGAGAACGAUCAGGGGUCGGACAAGCUCCUGGUCACCCUGUCCGUAGUGGCCUACCCCUCACGCAUCCUGGAGCCCAAAGUACGGGAGAUCAAAUCCCACUCUGGGAAGACAGUGGAGAUGAAGUGCAAGGUGGAGGGCCGCCCCACCCCUCUGGUCUCCUGGAUCCUGGCCAACCGCACCCAAGUCAGGGGCCACAACUCGGGCUCCAGAGUGUCAGUGACACUAGAGGGCACUCUGCUCAUCAAACAGGUGUCUGUGUAUGACCGGGGCCACUACAAGUGCAUCGCCAGUAACCCAGCAGGAGCCGACACUGCCACUGUCAGACUGCAGGUGGUGGCAGCACCUCCUGGUAUCCUGGAGGCCAAACGACAGCAGGUCCAGACUGGUGUGGGUCAGAGCCUGUGGUUACCCUGUACCGCUCAGGGCAGCCCCCAGCCCACCGUGCACUGGGUCCUCUAUGAUGGAACGGCAGUGCGGCCCCUGAAGCCCUCUGUGGACCCCAGGGUGUCUGUGUUCGCUAACGGGACGCUCCACCUGACCGAUACGGCCGCCUCGUACAGUGGGAAGUACGAGUGCAUCGUCACCAGCUCUACAGGGUCAGAGCGCAGGGUGGUGACGCUGACUGUGGAGAAGAAGGAGAUGGCUCCUGAGAUCGUGGAGGCGUCACACCGCAGGACAGAGCUGGCGUAUGGGGACCAGCUGAGGCUGAACUGCUCGGCCACCGGGGACCCCAAACCCAGGAUCAUCUGGAGACUACCGUCCAAGGCUGUGGUGGACCAGUGGCACAGGAUGGGAAACCGAAUCCAGGUCCUGGACAACGGCACCUUGGUCAUGGACUCUGUGAGUGACAAGGAUGCCGGGGACUACCUGUGUGUGGCGCGCAGCAAGGUGGGAGACGACCUCCAGCUCAUGAAGGUCACUGUGUCCAUGAAGCCAGCCAAGAUCGAGCCCAAGAUGUACGGCAAGAAGCAGGUCCCCUACGGCAACGACCUGAAGGUGGACUGUAAGGCAUCUGGAACCCCGGAGCCAGAGAUCUCCUGGGGCCUGCCGGACGGCACCGUGGUCAACAGCGCCCUGCAGGCAGACAGCAGCAUUGGAGGGGGACGUGUACGGCGAUACAUCCUGUUUGAAAAUGGCACACUCUAUCUUAAUCAGGUGGGCAUGGCGGAAGAGGGAGACUACACAUGCUACGCCGAGAACCAGCUGGGCAAGGACGAGAUGCACGUCCACAUCACCGUGGUGACGGCAGCGCCACGGAUACGUACGCCCAGCCGGACCUACGCCCAGGUGAAACCUGGAGGCAAAAUCCGCUUUGACUGCGAAGCCACAGGCGAGCCCAAGCCCAAAAUCUUGUGGAUGCUCCCUACUAACGACAUGAUCGCAGCCUCCAACGAACGCUAUCUGAUGCACAUCAACGGCUCCCUAGACAUCCAGGAUGUUAAGCUGGUGGAUGCUGGGGAGUACGUGUGCUUGGCUCGCAACACCGCCGGGGAUGACAGCAAAGUUUACAAGAUGGAUAUCGAUGGCAACCCUCCGGUGAUCAACGGCAACUCCCAGAACAGGAUCGUAGUGAAAGACACGGCCACCAAAUACUCCAGGAAGUUCAUAGACUGCAAAGCCACUGGAGACCCGCUUCCCAAGAUCACCUGGAUCAUGCCGGAUAAUAUCUUCCUGAACGCUCCGUACUUCGGCAGCAGGAUCAAUGUCCAUCACAAUGGAACUCUCGAGUUCCGGAACGUCCGUCCGACGGACAUGGCGGAGUUCGUCUGCAUGGCGAGGAAUGACGGCGGAGAGGCAGUGAUGGUGGUACAGCUGGAGGUCACUGACAUGCUCCGAAGACCUAUCUUCAAGAACCCCUUCAACGAGAGAGUAAUGACCCGUAUGGGGAAGACCACAGUCAUGAACUGUUCUGCAGAUGGUCACCCAACACCAGAGAUCAUCUGGCUGCUACCCAACGGAACCCGCUUCUCCGGGGGCUCCAACCGGGGCUCACGCCAACACCUAGGCAAUGACGGAACCUUCGUAAUCUACAACCCCAGCAAGGAGGACGCUGGGAAGUACCGCUGUGCCGCUAAGAACUCGGUGGGCUACAUUGAGAAGCUGAUAGUUCUGGAGGUGGGCCAGAAGCCAUUAAUCCUCACCAGGCCCAGAGGGAUCAUACGCAGUGUGUCUGGGGACCCUCUGUUCCUUCACUGCCUGGCUGAUGGCAGCCCCAGACCCAGGAUAUACUGGACCAUCCCUGGAGGCCACACCCUGGCCAGACCGCAGGUCCAUGGACGCCACCAGCUGAUGGAGAAUGGGACCCUGGUUGUCAAGGACACCACCCUCCACGAUCGGGGAAACUAUGUGUGUCGGGCUUCGAACGACGCUGGCGAGGCAGUUCUCACAGUGCCAGUCAUCAUCAUCGCCUACCCUCCCCGCAUCUCCACGGGACCCCCUCCCACCGUGACAGCGAUGGCGGCGGCGCCCAUACAGCUCAACUGUGCUGCCAUCGGGAUCCCAAAGCCAGAGAUUACCUGGGAGCUGCCAGACCACUCUGUGCUCUCCACGGCGGGAAAAGGGCGGCCCACGGGCAGCGAGCUGCUCCACCCUCAGGGCACGCUGAUCAUCCAGAGACCCACUACAGCAGAUUCUGGCACCUACAAGUGCCUGGCUAAAAACCACCUUGGCACGGACUCACGGGUCACGUAUGUACGAGUGCUGUGAGCACCAGCGCUGACUAAAGGGGAAUAUAAAACCCCUGGACUAUAAACUCUUAACAGACACGGUAACUUCACAGUGUUUCUUAUGAUGUACAAUGUCAAGAAAGACUGAUUUCCACAUGUGGACUUGUGAGGAGGGGGUUUGUGGAAUAGUUUGAUCACGGUACAGCUCACAUCAAUCAACCAAGUAGCAGAACAGGAUAAUUAAGAGAAGGAGGAUGGAAUGGAGGAGGGGAUGGAGGAGGGGACGGAGGAGGGAGCGAGGAAAAAUAGAAGCUGUACAGAGGAGGGUCUGUUCUUUGCCAGGAAAGUCGUGACUAGCGAGGUGUUAUUCUUAUUAUAACAGAGUCAGAGGUCUGGAAACGCACGGUUGGUUCUCAUUUGAGGUGUUUUUAACAAGGGGCUAGAAGGUGGGUCUUACAGUGAGGCUACUUGUUGAGUGUUUUGACCAGACACUUUACUAUUACAGCCUGUGGGGAGAGAGGAAGAGAGAAACUCACUAUAUUCCCUCUGGACACUUCCUCAAUGUUUUAUUUUUUGGAGUGUUGGUAAUGACUCAUUUGCUUCAAUGACAGAAACAUUCUAUUAUCAGAAUGUUUCUAACUAUUUUGCUUUUCAAGACACAUUUCAUAUUUCUUGUGAAUAAAUCUUUAUUCAACAGGCAGUAUAUUUUAAUGAAUUCUGCCAAAUAUAAAUUUUUAAUAUACAUUUUACACUGGAUUAUCACACAGUUUUUCAAAACAAAUUUCUCACAUUUCUAACUGUUUAUAUUUUUUAAUUAACAUUGUUAGUUUGUCAUGUUGUUGUCUAUCUUCCCCCUCUCAUGGUUUGACAGUGCUUGUAUCAAUACAAAUGCAGGAGUUUGAUUGGUGUUAAUAGCGACUUUUAUGGAGGUGAAAGUAUCACCAACACAGUAUUCAGUGGCAUCAUAUGAACUGUUACUAAAAGUAAAUGCAUUAUUGGUUUUAUGUAAUAAUAUUCCUUUUGUAACUAUUAUCUACUUUGUGAAUCAAUGGUACGCAGGAGAUGAAAUUAAACCAAAGAUGGAAUGUG